AUGGCGGAGGUGAGCAGGGGAACCGGGGAGGAGCGGCCGGGCUGGAGCGGGCGCCCGGCGGUCUCCCGCGGUCCCCAAGCCGGCUUGGGGGAGCCGAGGCCUUUCCCGGGGCCCUGCGGGGGGCGGCGUGGCGGUGUGGGGCCGCAAGGCGGCGACGGGCGGCGGCGGGGCCGGCCAGGGGGCGGGAGCGGGCGCGGGAGCGGUCUCCCUCCGGGACUAGGCCGCGGCGGCUCCGGCCCCGAGCCGGCCGGGCGGCGGGGCCGGCCGAGAGGCGGCGGCCGGCGGCAGCGAGCCCCGGUCGGGGGACGCUGCCGUGCCGUGCCGCCGAGCAGCUUGCGCGGGCCGCUGGAGCCUCCGCGCCGCCUCCCGGGGCCGGGGUGGGUGGAAACCGGCCGAGCCCCCCCUCCGCGGCCGGAUCGCAAAGCGGGGAGCGGGCUGCGCCACUGCCCUGCGGGAGGAGUGUUUUGUGCCCCCGGCCCUUUGGGUCCGGGCUGCGGGCCGAAGGAGUCUCACGCUCCACUUUGCUCCGGCGCUGAGGCGAGCGGGAUGCGCGGCCGCUGGGCUUCGGGAGAGGCAAGAUUCCCCGCCUCGCAGCCCUGGAGGCGAGGCAGCCAAGAGGGGCCCGAAGGGGGCCAGGAGCGAGUGGAGCGAAGCUACGUCUUGCACUUUUGGCAGCUGCGGAGGAGCGCUGGGCUCCGCCUCCUCUGCGCCCUGUUGCCGGCGCUGCCUCUUCCCCUGGCUUCGCGAUCUAACCGCACGUCUUCUUUUCUCUCCUAGGCUUCUUUUGGAAGUUCGAGCCCAGUUGGGUCUUUGUCUUCUGAGGAUCAUGAUUUUGACCCCACUGCUGAGAUGUUGGUCCAUGACUAUGAUGAUGAAAGAACUCUUGAAGAAGAGGAAAUGAUGGAUGAGGGUAAACACUUCAGUUCUGAAAUUGAAGACUUAGAAAAGGAAGGAAACAUGCCUCUAGAAGAUUUAUUGGCAUUCUAUGGCUAUGAACCUGCAAUUCCAGCUGUUGCAAAUUCCAGUGCAAAUAGCUCCCCAAGUGAACUUGCAGAUGAACUACCAGAUAUGACACUAGACAAAGAGGAAAUAGCAAAAGACCUAUUGUCAGGUGAUGAUGAGGAAACUCAGUCUUCCGCAGAUGAUCUGACUCCAUCUGUGACUUCCCAUGAAACUUCUGACUUCUUCCCUAGACCUUUACGAUCAAAUACUACGUGUGAUGGAGAUAAAGAAUCAGAGGUUGAAGAUGUUGAAACAGACAGCGGUAAUUCACCUGAAGAUCUGAGGAAGGAAAUAAUGAUUGGUUUACAAUAUCAAGCAGAGAUUCCACCUUAUCUCGGAGAGUAUGCUGGUAAUGAGAAAGUGUAUGAAAAUGAAGACCAGUUACUUUGGCGUCCUGGUGUGGUUUUGGAGAGCAAAGUUAAGGAGUACCUUGUUGAGACCUCAUUAAGAACUGGAAAUGAAAAAAUAAUGGAUCGAAUUUCUGCAGGAACACAUACAAGGGACAAUGAACAGGCAUUAUAUGAACUUCUCAAGUGUAACCAUAACAUAAAGGAAGCAAUCGAAAGAUACUGUUGCAACGGAAAGGCAUCUCAAGAAGGAAUGACUGCAUGGACAGAAGAAGAAUGCCGGAGCUUUGAACAUGCACUCAUGCUUUUUGGAAAAGAUUUUCAUCUUAUACAGAAGAAUAAGGUGAGAACUAGAACAGUUGCUGAAUGUGUAGCAUUCUACUAUAUGUGGAAGAAAUCUGAGCGUUAUGAUUACUUUGCUCAACAGACAAAAUUUGGAAAGAAACGAUACAACCAUCACCCUGGAGUUACGGACUACAUGGAUCGUUUGGUGGAUGAAACAGAAGCUCUGGGUGGGACAGUAAAUUCUUCAGCCUUAACUUCUAACAGACCUGAGCCUGUACCUGAUCAACAGCUAAACAUUCUCAACUCUUUCACUGCCAGUGAUUUGACAGCUUUGACCAGCAGCGUAGCGACCGUCUGCAAUCCAACGGAUGUGAAUUGUUUGGAUGAUAGCUUUCCUCCACUGGGCAACACACCCCGUGGACAAGUCAAUCAUGUGCCUGUUGUAACGGAGGAGUUACUCACCCUGCCCAGCAAUGGGGAAAGUGAUUGUUUUAAUUUAUUUGAGACUGGAUUUUAUCACUCAGAGCUGAACCCCAUGAACAUGUGCAGUGAAGAGUCAGAAAGACCAGCAAAGAGAUUGAAAAUGGGCAUUGCUGUUCCUGAAUCCUUUAUGAAUGAGGUUUCUGUAAAUAAUUUGGGUGUAGACUUUGAAAAUCACACACAUCAUAUCACCAGUGCCAAAAUGGCCGUGUCUGUGGCUGACUUUGGCAGUCUGUCUGCCAACGAGACCAAUGGUUUCAUCAGUGCCCACGCUCUGCAUCAGCAUGCCGCCCUGCAUUCUGAGUGA